GUCCACCCCCACCAAGUGGUACAGUCGGAUUGGUUUGUAAAUGGCUACCGUCUCUGUCUGGCUGCCCCAGCCGCGGAGGGACGCCGCUUCGCCCGGGUUUACGGCUUUCGCCCGCGAUCGCAAGGUUAUGGCCACAGAAAACAUGAAGUCCGAAGUCUGCGGACCUGCCAAGAUCAAGCUGGAGUCCAAAGCGCUCGCCAAAGGACGUAACCUGGCCGCCAAAGUAGCCACACUCAGCGCCACGCUCAAUGGAGAUUUGUCAAAUGCAAAUCACGAGGACACCAACGACCAGGCGAAUUGUUUACGGGAUUCCGAGGAAUCAAAGCCGACCAACGGCACAAAGGGCGACGCGAAGGAACCCAAACCUGUAGGACAUGGUGCCAAGGACACCGAAAACUCGGAAGAUCUGAAGAAGCAGGUGAAACAAUUGAAGGAGCUUUUGUUGUUGCACCUCGACCUGAUCCAAGAGCAGCAAGAACAACUUCAGCAGAAGGAGAAGCAAUUAGCGAAGGAGAGGGAAGACAAAGAAGCUUUGCAAUGUCGGUUGGAGCGUAUGGAGCGGCGCAUGUCGCUGGUGAAGCGGGAAGCGGCGCCGUCCGUGUCGUCCAUGAGCCCCAGCUCCUCCUGCUCCUCUCCACUCAUGAUGUCAUCAGACAUGAUGCCUGGCACCAGCAGAGACUCCCAGCCGCUCAGGAGAGGCAUCAAAAGAUCACAUCAGGACAGUUCGUCAUUCGGGAGGAGACUUGCAGCUAAAAAGAUCAAGCGAGCGAUUCACUUUUCUCACAGAUCACAAAUAAAGGAGUCCCACGAGGUCAGGGGUAGAACUGCGGACGGACGACACAGCGCACAAGAGGACGGUAUCAUGAGAACGUCGUCAGAGUACUACAGUUCACUGCACCAGGCCCCACCUUCACCUGUGUUAACUGUCAAAACCCCUCAGAAAGUGUCAAAGGAUGAUCUACACUUGCCUCCAUGGAGAGUGAACAACCUGACAACGUCAUCUUUAGAUGAAAAAGAUUUUGUUGAGGACAUCACUGAUGAUGCAUACAACCGAAGACAUCAAAAAUUGGAGUUAGAUGAGAAGAAAAGAAAAAGAUGGGACAUACAAAGAAUCCGAGAGAAACGUCAGUAUGAAAAGCUGCUGAUGCGCAACAUGAUGAAGAAGUGCAACAGCGACACGACAUGGGUCCAGCCAACGAUAGGCUCCUUCUACCCUGAACCAGAAGAAGUGGAGCAUGUAGAAGUAGGAGAUACAGUUCCAGUGGUAGCUUUUGGACAUCCCCUACCCUGUAUCACGAAAAGUGAAUUCAGUCUACCAUGGAACGUGGGGAGUUACAGUUCUGCUCGAGGUCGAAGGUCGCGAGGACGAGGCAGAGGAAGACGGAAAUUCUACUAAAACGUUGCAGAUGUCCUUAUGUAGUUGAGAAACACUUGUGUCUGUGCUUGUAUUCAGUCUUAACGUUUUUUCGUAGACCGGGCUUUCUUUUUGUAAAGCUGCCUAACCUGUAAAUCAGUGUACUAAGAUUCAACAUGUAGCUGUAUUAGAAUUAAUAACAAUCAAUGUUUCCUACAUUUUUGUUGGCAGGUGUUCAAUUCAACCUCAAGAAUCUCAUGCAUUGAAAUGAAAACAAGCAAACUUCACGUAUGAAAAGUUGUUUUUGAAAAGAACAAACCAAUGGGAGUAAGUUAGAGCUGUCUUUCACUGAAACCCUAGUGCUACGUCACAACAUUUUUUCUUUCAUGUGUGUUUCUGUGUGUGUUUGUGAGUUUGUACAGGUAGCUGAAGUGUAGUGUAGAGUCUAGAACCAAGACCACAGAAAAGGAGUGAUAGUUGUAAAUAAGAAAAGGAAAAGAAGUCAUGUCUCUACUGCAGGCAGUUUGAAAACCAUUACAGAGACUCAACUGUGUAUAGAAUUCAGAAGAGGAUUAGAAGGGAGAGGGUUUGCAUUAUGUCCAACCCCUCUAGUAAGUAAUGUGUAAGCAGGGUCGCACCAUUGUGUUUGGGACUGUUCCAUUGUCAAAGUAGAGGGGUGGAAUGGGACUGCAAAGUUGAAGUGAAUAGCAGCGAUGUCAACAGAUUGGAAAAGUAAAAUGUUAUUCCACCCCUAAACUUUCUUAAUGGAAUAGCCCAUGUGCAGAGCUGGGAUGUACCACUUCUUGAGGAGGUGGGAUAAAGUGUACAGAGCUUCAUGUAAAACUGGGCCAGGCCCAUGUUGAUACUCAGGUUGUCCAAUGCAGCGAUUGUCUAAUGUAACUAAUACCGGGAUAGUAGUGUCUAAUGCUACCUUUUGUUGACAAGUAAGAAAUGAAGCCUCUAUUUUUGUGAACAUUUAAGAAAAGAACUAAAAAAAACUAUAAGCUUCAGAGGUAGAUGUUUUAAGUCUGUGUCUACUUAACAAAAUUGUCAGAGCCAGUGUGGACCAAAAAUAACUGAACUUUUAACAACAAAUGACAGCUUUUUGUUACUGUGUGUAGUGUAUGUAUGUAGCAUGCAGACUCACUCUCGCGUACAAUGGCUAGAUCCUGUUGCCUCUUAUGAGGUUGUGCCAGAUAUGAGUUGCACUGAAAGACUUUAGGCAUUGAAAGGCAUUAAGAUAUCUUUGUUCAACAUCUUCAAGUUCUAUUAAGUUUUACAAUGUUGGCUAAGCUUCAUUGAUCAGAUACAUCAAUGAAGGUUAGACAUCCACGUAAUAAGAUACACUCAUCGCCAAAUAGCAAUUACUCAAGCAACUGGAUAUGAUUUUGGAAACGGUCAGACGUUUCAGGCAAUGUCACUGAAUGGAUACUGACUAAAACGUCUGUUUCAAAAUCAUAUCCAGUUGCUUGGGUAAAUGCUAUUUGGGGUUCAUUGGUCAGAACGUAAAGGAAUUGGUUUCUUACUCUCAUCCAGUCAUAUCAAAUAAAUACAACCAUCUUGCAGUUUUAUGUUGCUUACAAGAAUGUACUAACAUAAGGCCACUACCACUAAACUAUGCUGCAAGUAUUGUUUCAUGCCCACCCUUACCAUAGAAAUAAAUGUACAUAUCUCACUGGUUCCAGCCUUCAGAAGUUGACAGGACUUUGUUGUACAGCAGUUGGGUUCAAGUUGAAUAAAGUUUGAAACUUAAA